AUGGCAUCUCACCAAAGCACAAGGAGCGGCGACGACAUACCGUUCCUCCAGCGCAUUGCCAGCCUGCAAUCCGGGCUCCGCGACGCAUUGGCGUCUGGCACUAUACCGCUCGAAAAGGAGAUCGUGAUCCGCUCUCAACUGGCAGACCUGCUCAUUCGCGGGUAUGAACAGGACUCGCAGGGAAACGUGCAGCACCUGCGGGACGCUACGCAGCACAUCGAUGCUAUCUUGCGACGGUUGCCGCGGGAGUCGCCCGAGCGGCCGCUGCACCUCAGCCGGCUGUCAUAUGCGUGUAUGUCAGAGUACAUGGCGACAAGGUCCCGAUUCUCGAUUGACGAGGCGGUGAGAUACGGUCGGCUGGCGAGGCGGGAGGCGAUGGCGACCAGGCUACCGGAGAACGACAUAGAGUUGUAUUGUGAGAUUCUGAAUAACCUGGGGGUCGCAUUAUCACACCGGCAUCAGCUGGACUCCACCGCAGGCCCGGAGACCAUGGAGGGUAGCAGGAGUCGGGGAAGUAGUGCUGGAGUCGCGGCCGACCUGGAUGAGGCGAUCGCCUGCGCGCAGGAGAUCAUGGCGCAUACGGCGCCGGGCAGCGUGGCCUAUUUAACCGGUCUCCUCAAUCUGACGUCGCGUCUGGAAGCGCGAUAUUCGAGCCGCAAUGAUCCCGCGGACCGGGCGGAGGCCGUCGAGCUGCUCCGUCAGCUGCAGUUGAUCUCGCCGCCAGGGUCCCCGGUGGGCGGCAUGGCGACCAUGCAGCUCGGCCAGAUGGCGGCGGUCCGAUUCGAGCGGACUGAUGCCCUCGAAGACCUGGAUGAUGCUCUGAGGCUGAUUCGGGACGGACUCGGCCGUUUGACGGACCGCUCGGAGCUGAGGCCUCAAUGCCUUCACUUGGUCGCAUCUCUCUAUUCCCGUCGGCACAAGAAGACAGGCAAUGUCGAAGAUCUUCGCAAUGCUAUCAGCUUCUCAGACAUGGCUCUCGCUUCCGUUCCAGCCUCGCAUGUGGCCAAGGGCGAUUACCUACUUCGGCACAUGCACCAGCUCCAUGACUUCAUAACCACUAUCGCAUCUAUAGAGGAGGUCACCGAGGUCACCGUGACGGCAUAUCGGCACCUUAUGGCCAUGCCGCGCGAUUACAAGCAGCGACAGAACUGCCAUAAGCUUUACGGUGAUGUACUGGGCCGCAAAUACCUUCUGUCGAGGAAACUGGAGGACUUGGACGAGGCUGUUCGCCACGUCGAGCAGACAUGCUACGACUACAACGGCAAGGUUGAGCGCUCCGGCACGAAGCCUCCGGUAAAUAUUUCGGUAGUAUCUUGCUUGUCGAGAGACGUACGCAAGCUGUUGCAGGCGCCUCGGGGACAGGCAAAAGAUGCAGGGGCCGAGUAUCUGCACCACCAGAUCGCCACCGCAUGCAAAUCACACGGGUUCGCCAAUGGAAUUCUCCGAAUCGGACAGAAGGUCAUAACAAUCCUCGAGGUCUACGCCGACGCUGCCAGGAGCAAGGAGGCAAUAAGCCGUCAACAGGCCGAGAAAAGAGCGGGAGAAAUUGAGCUCGAUAAGGCAACCAAACUCCAAGAUCGCCGGUCGCGGCCCUGGAAAGUCAAGAAGUAUGAAACGGAAUUGGGGCUGCGGCAGCUAGCUAUAGAUCCGGCCAACAAGCGAAUAGUAAUGGACUUGUCCACCGUCAUGACCGACAUCCUCGGCUACGACCCGACUGAACGGGUAUCUGAAACCGAGUUCGUGGAGCGACACAUACGACUCGAAAGGGACAGCAUCGAGAAAGCCAAAGCGGAUGGCAAGCAUCCGAACCCAGCACUCUGCCGCAUGUGCCGGUUCAUCAAGCCGCUGGCCCCGACGAUAGACCACCCCAUUGGCUUCAAGUGGAAUCAGCCGUGGUGGCCAUUCGGCAACUGGAGCCAGCUCAAGCUGCGACAGCAGUGCACUUUCUGCCGGCUUGUGCUUUCACUUAUUGUCACGGACCGCGGGGCGAACCGCCUCCACCCAUAUCUCGCCGCCAUUGACCCCGAGAUACAGGGCGUCAGCCUACACGUGGGGGAGGUUCAGGCCACCGGGGAGGCAGUCCUAUCAGUGGAGUAUGGGAUGCGGGAGGUGGGAUAUCUGCGGAUGGUCACGGAAAGCAACUAUACGACAGCUCUGCGGCAGGGUUGGGAAGCCAAAGAACAGCACCGAGAGUCGGAAGGCAUGGUCAGCGGCACCGCCGUUGAUGAUAAUCACCGCGCCCCUCCCCCAUCCUGGACGAACCAACAAAUCGAUGUCCGCCUGCUGAGACAUUGGCUGGAUGACUGCGAACUCAACCAUGGCAAGGAGUGCAAUCGCAGCUUCCACGACUGUGACGAAAGCUACAACACCGAGGGCAUCCCCAUGGUAUUCGUCGACGUGCUCGACAACUGCCUCGUGCGCGCCACGUCGGCCGUCCGGUACUUCGCACUCAGCUACGUAUGGGGCGCAGUCGACAUGUGCCCAACCGUGGUUGCGAACUACGAAUCCCGCUGCCAGAAAGGGAGCUUGCCACGACGGCUUCCGAGCACCAUUGCUGAUGCCAUGGCGCUGGUCCGCGCUUUAGGCGAGCGUUACCUUUGGGUCGAUGCGCUCUGCAUCGUCCAGGACGAUGCGAAGCGGAAGAUGCAGGACAUGGCGCAGAUGGACGUCAUCUACAGCCGCGCCUUCGCAACCGUCGUGGCUCUGCACGGCGCCAGUGCAGACGCCGGUCUGCCCGGCGUGCGGCCGGGCACCCGUCCUCCCCAGCCAGUGGAGUGGCUUGCAGUGGAUGCUGGAAACGAAGACCUAGACUACAGUCCAUCUUCAGACGGUGGUCCGGGACGGGACGAAAAGGGAACCGUGUCCCUCUGUCUGGUGGCCACGGCGCCCCCUCUUCACCUCGCCCUUGAAGCCUCGUGCUGGGACACGCGCGGGUGGACGUUCCAAGAACGGCUGCUCUCGAGGCGAUGCCUAUACUUCGCGGAUCAGUACGUGUAUUUUCAGUGCGGCCGCUGGCGCGACCAGGUGCUCUCGGAGUGCGGUGUUAACAGCCCUGUGCGCUCCAAGUGGACCGACAAGUGGGUGGACGAGAGCGAUGAAAUGGCCGUCGUUACGACUUCUCUUGAUAACCCGCUCUCGGAUCUUCACGAUUGUAGAGUCGAGGACUUGGAACCCCAAUCCAGACUGGCCAAGACUUUUGCCACGUACACGAAACUCGUCGAGAAGUACACCCUGCGGCAAUUGUCGUACGAAGGCGACAUCAUCAACGCCUUUAGGGGGACCUUCGCUGCCCUCCACGCAUCAUUUCAGAGCGACAUCAUCUGCGGUCUGCCCACGUCUGCGCUCGACCUCGCGCUGCUUUGGGCCACUUGGGGAAAGACCCCGCGCCGAGGGCACACGCUGGCGACUUUGGGUGAUCCUCGCACAGAGCGGAGGCCGGUCCUUGGGGAGGCGCUGUUGACCCAUCGGGGUAUCGAGAAAGUCUGGGGCCCCACUCCGGUGCAGACGUUUGACGAGAAGGUGGAUAGGCGAUUCCCCAGCUGGUCGUGGGUUGGUUGGACCGGGCCUGUUGAGUACCGGCUGUUUGCAGAUAUGAGGCCGGAAGAGCCGCUGCCCACGUCGCUCAUUGAAGAGUUCACGAUCAACCUGGAUGGAAAGAAGAUCCAACAGAUACCGGGCCGAAAGCAGCCGCGAGGGGCUCCCUCCUUGACAUCCGCCUCUACCGCCCCUGAAGACUCCGCUCCUUCAUCUCGUAUGGAAAGGAUGGACCUCAACAGUUCAGGCGUCGACAGUCCGGUCCAUGCGUCUCCCUCCCUCCCCAACGUCCUUCAGUUCAUGGCUCCCACUGUGCCUCUCACCACCUUCACCAUCUCCACGGAGCGCGAGUAUAUCUCGAACAAAGGUUCUAUCCACUCACCGGGUCGGCAGGCCGUCCGCCAUAUCCUCGACGGCGCAGGUCGGCGCUGUGGGCUCUGGUGGGAACAGGCCGGCUAUGUAUAUAUCGGGAGGGCCGUGAGCCCGGCUGCGGAGAAGAAGAUGCUUCUUGUUGGCGUCAGCCGGCACGAGGACACGUUUUCUCCGCGGACCGGACCAAGUCGUGUCGAAGGGGAGAUCGGGUGGUUUGAUGAAGACGCUUACCCGGCCGUGGGGACGGGUAGUGGCUUGAUCAACGUCCUUGCCGUGGAUCUGGAUAUGGGUCACGAGUUUGGCGAGCGGAUUACGGUUGCAAAGAUCCAUGCUCGCGCAUGGGACAACGCCGGCCCGAUAAUGAGGAUGAUUCGGCUGGCUUGA